AUGGGGGUUUCCGGCUUGUUACAGCCGCACCCGGUAGCGGUGUCGUCGUUGGUCCACCUCCGCCGCUGUUCAUCCCCACGUUUAAACGUUCCUGGCCGGAGGCAUAUAAAGGGCCGUACCUCAGGCUUGGUGGUGUUGAUUAAUAAAGGGGAGGCGCCCUCAACUUCAACUCCCAGUUUCACUUGUACACCUACUCAAGUAGAAGCUGAAGCAGACAAUGACCAAGAUCCUCAGGACCUCGAAUAUGUCGCGCAAAUUAAAAGGGUUUUGGAGCUCCUUAGGAAAAACAGAGAUAUGUUCUUCAACGAGGUCAAGUUGACCAUAAUGAUAGAAGAUCCUAGAGAUGUGGAGCGGCGGCGUAUGCUGGGUAUUGAUGAUGAAGAUGCUCCUACGAGGGAUGACCUAGCCGAUGCUUUAGUACAAGUGAAUGAAGGUCAAAUUCCAGAAAAUCGAGCCGCUUUGCGUAUGCUGGCUGAGGAACUGCUUCAGUGGCCUAAUUUAGAGGUUGAAGCAACCAAGAAGAAACAACCUGGCAAAUCUUUAUACGCAAAAGUGACGGACACAGGUGUUGAUCCACAAGAGGCUGCCAAGAGGCUGAAUAUUGAUUGGGAUUCAGCUGCUGAGAUUGGUGAGGCCGAGACUGUUGAUGAUGUGGAGGUUCCCUCGGUUGUGGGAUAUGGAGCUCUUUACUUGGUUACAGCGUUCCCAGUCAUUAUAGUUGAAAGAGUUCCCCCCAAAUGUGUUACUAUGCCUCGUGAAACUCAUGCAUAUAAUAGGCCCCACGCGAGUUCAUUUAUGGAGAAGAAAGAUAGCGAGAAGCAGAUUUCAGUGGACCCAAUUUCUCUAGCCAUGAGAGAAAUAGAAUCAUCUCUAAGUAGGCAGACAACAAGCACGAAAGCUCACGCGAUUAGCUACAGCCUCACCAACUCACCUCGAAUUGGCUCUAUUUUCAUCGCAAAGCACAAGUCGAAAAGUAAAACUACUCAAAACCCUCAAUAUUUGGGCCGGCAACACUCGGUGGCUUUAACCAAUUUGGAGAGGCUACGAGAAACCCACAUGCGGAGGAGCAAGUCGUGCGGGGAAGGAAGGUCGUGCAGACCAUCUAUCGACUUUGAUCUCUGGUCCACCAACAAUCAACACCUAAUAAAGAUCCACCAUCAAACUCAUGAAAAAGAAGAAAGUGACGAGGAAGAAGAAGAAAGAGAGAAAGGUAGGGGAUCUGGCAAGUUCGUUUGUGGGGCGUGCCUCUUCAUUCCAGGCUUCGGUAAGGGAAAGGCAGUUAGAGCACAAAAGGAGGAGGUUACUGAGAGUGACAUUGUUUCCCAAAGAAUGUCCCUCGAGAAAUUCGAAUGCGGCUCUUGGAGAUCGUCGACACUCAUAAACUAUGUAGAGGGCCACGGAGAUGAUGAUCCCACGUCAAAUCUCUUUUUCGACCUUCCCAUUGAGUUGAUACGAUGCAGCAAUGUCAAUGACACAGAGUCCCCAGUCACCACCGGCUUUGUGUUUGAUGAUAAGGGUCAUCAUCAUCGUAAUCAUAAAGGGGUUCUCAAAAUUGGUAGAAAAAUCGACGAAUCACGUAAUUCCUCUCGUCGCCAUGUUCGUUUUUCUACCUCAUCUACUACAGCGUGUCCUGUUUCACCAACUUCUCCCAACCUCCGCAAAGCCAGAGAUGAGUUAAGUGCUUUCUUGGAAGCACAGAGCACAUGA